GAAGGAUUGUAGAUGAUACAAUGCAGUUGGUGGAAGGGUUUUAUAAGGACCGAACAUCCUGGUUGAAGACGCAUUACUCACACAACUCUCAUACACGCACAUCAUGAGGAUCUCAUCCGCCAUCUCUGCCUUGACCGCAUUGGUCUCGGUUACCAGUGCUGCUGCAACCACAAAGGCUGUUUCAGCCUCGGUCACCUUUGACAACAACAGAAGAUUCUUGUUCGACACCGAUGGCAGACAGAUUGAUGCCUAUGGUUCAAAGGUCAACAACUUCAACGGCAAAUACUACCUCUACGGCAAUUCGUUCUCGGAGACUGGCGUCGCUUAUGGCAUAAAGUCGUACUCUUCAAGCGAUCUUCAAUCAUGGCAAUACGAAGGACUCCUCUUCGAUCCUGCCAACAAGAACAACCCCUGCGCUGGGUCUGGCGGUUGUGGACGCCCUCACAUCGUGUAUAACCCAAACAAGAAGUCAUAUGUUCUCUGGGCCAAUGCUGGAGAAGUCGGCUACGUGGUUGCAACAUCAACAUCGCCUACUGGUCCAUUUGUCUUCUCCGCCGCGAGAGCUCUCAUCGACCCUGCCUUUGACGGUCUGCAGCCAGCCGACUUCACCGUCGAAGUCAUCAACGGUACUGGUUACAUUGUCUUCUCGGCUUUGAACUUCAGAAGCCCCAAUGCUGGCAAUGUCUGGCCUCCAAUCUUCCAGAACCUGCAUGUCAGCAAGUUGACAGACGACUUCAUGAACACAACCAGAGUCAGCUACCCGGUCAGCUCGGCUGCCGGAGAUCUGAUUGACAAUGAAGCCGAGUCGCCUGAUAUUUUCAAGGUCGGAAACACCUUCUAUGUUGCUGCUUCAAAUACCUGCGGUUACUGCAAUGGCUCAAUCGCGCUGCUGUAUCGCUCAAACUCUAUCCAAGGUCCAUGGACUCGCCAAAUCCUCGAAGGAUACUCUUGCAAUGGUCAAGUUGAAGGCGUUCUCCCUCUGACAAAUCCUGCAAACGGUGCUGUAACCAAUGUCUGGCACUCAACUUCUGUUCCUGGGGGUCCUCGUACUGGAUUCGGCGGCCACAUCUUCCAACCCCUGACUUUCAACGCCGACGGCAGCGCAAAGAACCUCGACUGCUCGACCACUGCAUCCUUCCCCGUCACCUUCACCAAGGGCAACGGCACAGCACCAGCAGGAAAUGCGACAAAGGCCGUUGAUACCACACCAGCCCUUGCUGUAUACAACCCCGUCUGCGAUUCCGACUCUUUCAUCUUGUACCAAACCUGGACAGCAUCGAAAGCCGGAACCAUCAAGAGCGUCUCCCUGAACGUCGCUCGUGGCUCGCAGACCGUACCUCUCACCCUUACCGUCUUUAAGCUUAACUCCUUGAACGAUCUCUUCACACCUGGUUUCAAGUGGACCGCUCUCGGCACCGCUGCCUUCAACGCAAACCAGACAACCUACACUUUCGACACCGUAACCGUACCCGUUACUACCAAUUCCACAGUGACCAAGGGUGAAUUGUUGGGUUUGUCGAUCUCGGGAGCUGAUUAUUCGCCUUGGUGUCAUUUGGAGUAUUCGACUACUCAAGAUUGUGGAUUCAAGUUGUACCAGCAGGGCAACGGGCAGUACUCUUGGAGAGGACUGCAGGGAAAGAACCCGCCAGUUUAUGAGAGGCAGGGCAAGAGUGUCAAGUUUUUCGCGACGUACGCUUGA